GAAUUUAUGGGGCAACAAAACAAAGCUCCGGGAUUCGGAGCUAACCUGGACCAUUUCGGUCAUUGAACCCAAACAUUUUUAUUCCAUGGGCAAUUUUAUACUUAUACUAAUCCCUAGCCACAAUUUUCCAUCUCUCUCUAAGUGGUGAGUCAAGUUGGUAGAAACUUUUACCAAUUGAGCCCCCGUCAGAACUCUUGUCAGGUUUCGAGGACUGCCAUUUCUGAUCAGAGAGCUUUUCGAGUUCUCGUUUACGGUCAGAAAAAAACCAUGGCGUCCCGUACACUUGUUCAAGCCAAUUGCUUCAAGGCUAUCGCCGCGAGCGUACGAGCCAUUCCCCAGACUUCUUCAAGAUGGAGCUCGAGUAGCAGUUCUACUUCUGCCAUCGCAUACAAAGCUCUUCGUCGCCGUCAAGCUCCUCUCCCUACCAACGACACACCGUCAUCAUGGUCUGCGCAAGCAGCCGUCUCCAAUAUUCUCUACGAAACCCCAACACCCUCGAUGGCCCCGCCGAAACGUCAUAUUCUCAACUGCUUGGUUCAAAAUGAGCCCGGUGUCUUGUCCCGAGUUUCUGGUAUUCUGGCAGCGCGUGGUUUCAACAUCGACUCUCUGGUCGUGUGCAGCACCGAAGUGGAAGACCUCUCCCGUAUGACAAUUGUCCUUACGGGACAAGACGGUGUGGUCGAACAGGCGCGACGGCAAUUAGAGGACCUAGUACCCGUUUGGGCUGUUCUAGACUACACAAACUCUGCUCUAGUCCAAAGAGAAUUGCUGCUUGCCAAGGUUAAUAUCUUGGGGCCGGAAUACUUCGAGGAGUUGCUAGCGCAUCACCGCGAAAUGACGGCCGAGGCCGACGCACUGGAGGCAGGCGAUAAGACCUUGGAGGACACUGCCCAAGACUUCCAUCCGAGUAAGAUGGUAGCCAGUCAAGCCCUGAGACUCAAGCAUGAGCAUCUCAAGUCUAUCACUUACUUCGCACACCAGUUUGGAGGCAAGGUUUUAGAUAUUAGCACAAGUAGCUGUAUCGUUGAAGUGUCUGCCAAACCGGUUAGGAUUGAUUCAUUCCUAAAACUGAUUGCUCCGUUCGGAAUUCUAGAAUCGUCUCGGACUGGUCUUAUGGCAUUGCCUCGAUCCCCUCUAUAUGGCCCUGAUGAGGAGACCAUUGUUAAAGAGGCAGAUGAGAUUGUGGACGCCAGCCAGCUACCACCCGGAUAAGCUGCGGUUCAAGUAGAGGUUAGGCGUUAGUGGUCAGCAAAAAAAAUACUAGCUUGCUUUGA